AUGAGCAGCUCCGCGAGCUCCACCGAAUUCGACGCUGCGUCGCAGCAGCCAGAAGUUCUCGGCAGAAGUCGGGAGGGGAUGAUUGCCGAGUCGAUGAAAAAUGGCGAAGACAUUCAGAAACAGUUUCCAUCAGUAGAUUUCAAAGGAGCCGUUAUAGAACCCACUGUCAAUUUGACGUUUGACAUCCAGCAACAUGUUGAUGACGCAAACCAGCGAAGAUACAACACCUUAAUGGCCGAGAUGCUCAAGAAUACCGCCGAUCCUGCUUUUGCGGAGAGAUUAUUGUGGGAAGCAAGGAGUUGUCUUCGGAACUACCCCGAGGUACUGGGGCAGUUUGAUUCCAUCUUCAUCAGUAAACGGCCUGUUCCAGACAUGAUCAGAGAGUUGCAUGAGGUUUUGGCUACAAAGAAAGAGACAGUAAGGCGGAUGAGCUUACAGAAUCCCGAGCAGGGAACCGCCACUGGGACAGCUUAA